AUGUUUCUCCAUUCUGGAGCUAGUUUACACGGUCACGAAUAUUCGAUUAAGAGGUCGACGUCUGCGCCAUUACAGCCACCUCGAAGACUGCCCAUACUAAAGUCGACCCUCCGGCCGCUCGCCUCUCCUUCUGAACCGAGCGACACGGGCUAUUUUCCUUCACCAUACUCUGAAGGCCUACAGGCCACGCUCAGAGCAUCGACCGACGGGGCCAACCACCCCCCAUCAUCAUUAUUGCGACAACGCGCGGCCUCCAACAGCUACACUAGGAAAGAUCUUGCGGUUAGAUUUCGUGAGCCCGGAAUGGACCAUAUAUAUACGCCAUCUGCUAGCGAGGAUGAAGAAUCCAUAGCUGGGCCAGAGCUUCUGGACGGUCUCUCCGACUCCCCAGCACGCCGUAAGAAGCGCAGACGAUUACUUCGCAAGUCGACCAGAUUUCCUCGCAUGUUUCACGCAAAUGCUGAGCUAAACCAGAAUGAUGUCCUGUUGGUUCGUAGCGAAGAUUACGGUUCAACAUCGAGAGUAGCACCAGAAAGAUCUGAUGAUGACAGACGGAGUCUACACGGCAGAGAUAUUUGCGCUGUCAUUAGUGCUCUGCCAGAAGAUUGCGAUAACUCAGCGGAGGUUGUUCUUGAGGACGGGGUCCCCUGGUAUGGUUCACGUAUGGCGAAUGGCUCAUAUGAAUUCACCAGAACAGAUGACGACGGUGAAACAACCACUGCACGCUGGGUUAGACGGUCUAAUGGCUCUACCCGCAAUAGUAUUGGCUCAUUCGAACCGUCCUCUUCAGCGCGGUCUAGCGUCCAAGAUUCCUUGCCUGACUCUAGAUGGACGUUCAGUAUCAUGGACCCUUCUUCGAGGAGGCAUCCCAUAAUGGGUAGCUUGACAUCAGAAACGGUCGAGGUGUAUGAUCAUUACACAACAUUGUCAACUUCCAGUGGUCGGUUUCCACCGACCCGGCCAUUCGGGCCGGAAGUGGAAGGGGUCGACCGGAGCCCGUCUCCCGCAGGUUUCAAUCAAGAAUCGAGGGCGACACUUGAAGUUCUCCCGGAGCAAAAGGUGUUGAUGAUCGCUACCGCGAGUUGGAUUCGACUUCAUCAACAAGGUUGGCCCGCCUCUGCGAAUCCCAAGUUUGCGAGACCAAUCUCGUCUCAUCGCCGGUCGGCAAGCGCAAACAUGUGCUCUACAUCACGACGACGAACUUUUCCAUCUUACGAUGGAGACAGCUCUCGUGCGACGAGCCCAAUCAAUCUGUCACAGCCACCAGACAGCAUACAUGACCCAUCGCUGUCAAAACGGCCAUAUGAAAAAACGAUGCCAGCGAGAGCAAUGUCUACUGGAAGAGCCUUUAUGAAGCGAAGGAGUGACCGGAUGGAGGGCCUGGCAACAGUACAUAGUCAAGAGCCGCCAAGGCCGGUACGCGAUGCAGAGAAACAAGGCACGCAGCAGGAGGAGAAGGCUGGUUGUCUGAGCAGAAUACGGCAGUGGACACACAAGUUGUUGCACAGGAGGCGAGAAUCGAUAAGAUGA